UGCAGUGACGUGCUCGAGCUCCGUCAGUGUGGCGGUGGCAGACAGACAGCUUUCACGGGCCAGCAGCUGCCUUGCCCGGCCGAGAAAUCCAACAAGGGUCGGUCCGAGACUUAGCAGCUGGACGCUGCGGGAGGGGCGGCUUUGGCUAAACCCACAGCCCGGAGGUGAAGGUAUACAUCAGUUACUGCUUUUGUUCUCCCCUUUAGGACCUCAGGUCCAUGUUUUUCAGUGAUUGGAGUGUAUUGCUGAUUUUUUUAUAUAUAAUUCUGUUUCCUGUGUCGCGUUUUGCUGCGCACCAGACGUCCAGCAUCGUGAAGGACCAGCCGCUCUCCUCAUCCUUCCAGCGGAUGAAAGUGCAGAGGAUGCUGCUUCGGUAUUUUCCACGGACAGAAAACACCUCCGUAGAGGGAAAUAAACUUGGAUAAACCCCCAGAAAAAGCGCUUGAACGGGGAGAUAGAACAAAUAACACUGUUAUAAUAUUUGAAGUUAUAUAACGAAGAGGGAAGAAGGAGCCGCUCGCACCAGGAGGAGAUGCUCAGACCUGCUCGAUCUUUGUGGGGAUGAGGACCAGGAGGCUCGGAGCGCAUCGAAGGUGUCAGCGCAAUUAGAGGAAACAAACAAACACAGGAGAGGCGGUGAUGACGGAUAAAGUUACCGGGGUUCCCACUCCCCAUCAGCCGCAGCAGCAUGAGCUGGAGGAGGGAGCAGACACAGAGGAUGUGACCCUUAUUCUAACCUGAAGAAGACGACACAGAGCAUGACCUUUCGGUUGUCUGCUGAGCCAAAGAACAGCCAGGGAGAAGCCUCCCUGGCUACAGAAUAGCUACUUCCCUUUUUUCUACCCAAAAGCCCUUUUCAACCCUGCUUCAAGCUACGCUUUGGGGCUCAACUGCUCCCUGGACUCCACCAGGAGGCUUACUACACCCCGUCUGCCAGCUCAGAUAACUCUCUGAUUUGUUGGCCACCACAUGUUUGGGGUGACUGUGUGUGACUGCCGCCGCCGCCCAAUCUCGUGCAGCAGCAGCAGCCUCCUGCAACCCCGAUCUGCACCAUGCAGUGGAGACGGCGACACUGCUGUCCCAUCAAGAUGACCUGGACCAUCAAGCGUUCACUCUUCCGGACCCAUGUGGCUGGCCUACUCUCUUUGGCUCUGCUCUUUACCUUUUUCUUAUUUUUCAGCCACCAGGACUGGCUGUCAGGGCGCAGUGGGCCUCGUGAUAACCCACUAGCAUACACCAUCAGGGGUUUCCGUAGUCCCAAAGGAGAGGCCAACCAGAGCAGCUACCUGAGGAGCCUUUGGAGGGAGACAGGGUAUGUAGCUCCAAAGCCACUGCUCAACCUUAGCGCUCAGCAAGCGGAGGGGGCAUUAGGAGAGUCAGGAGGAGUGGGACGCGAAGCUGCAGCAGGGGCCAGGAUGGGGGUGAUGGGGCUUGGGGAUUCCAUGAUCACAAACAACAGUUUACAGAAAGAGAUGGAUGUAGGGGGGAAGCUUAAUGCUCAACCGUACCGCUUCAUCCUUAACGAGCCUUUUAAAUGCAGGGACUCCACACCCUUCCUUAUCCUCCUCAUCGCUGUUGAACCUGGACAGGCUGACGCACGGAACGCCAUCCGUCACACAUGGGGAAAUGAGAGCGUAGCGUCGGGCUUGGGCUUUGUCCGACUUUUCCUUCUUGGCACACCCAAGAACUCUGAAAACUUCCUUCAAAAUAGCAUCGAAGAAGAGAGCCGCAUUUACCAUGACAUCAUCCAGCAGGACUACCAGGACACGUACUACAACUUAACUAUCAAAACUCUGAUGGGCAUGAACUGGGUGGCCACCCACUGCCCACACGUUUCCUACGUGAUGAAGACAGACAGCGACAUGUUUGUCAACACAGAGUAUCUCAUCCAGAAGCUGCUAAAACCCGACAUGCCACCCAAACAGAGGUACUUCACCGGCUACCUGAUGAGGGGCUAUGCACCAAAUCGAAACAAGGACAGCAAGUGGUACAUGCCACCAGAGCUUUAUCCAAGCGAGCGCUACCCGAUAUUCUGCUCAGGCACAGGGUACGUGUUCUCAGGGGACAUGGCAGAAUUGAUCUAUCAGGCAUCGCUCAGCAUACGCAGGCUCCACCUGGAGGAUGUUUACGUGGGGAUCUGCCUGGCAAAGCUGCGUAUUGACCCGGCACCCCCACCCAACGAGUUCCUCUUCAACCAUUGGCGCGUCUCUUACUCCAGUUGUAAGUACAGCCACCUGAUCACAUCCCAUCAGUUCCAACCCAGUGAACUCAUCAAAUACUGGAACCACUUGCAGAGCAACAAGCACAACGCCUGCAUCAACAUGGCCAAGGAAAAGAACGGCAGGUACAGACACAGAAAGUUCCACGGAGAGAGGCCUCCGUGAUCCUUCCUUUGACUUACCACUUGCCUCAAAAAACAAAGAAAUAAUAAAAAAAAAAGGAUGUGUGCACUGGAGAUGGAAUACUGGAUUCAGCACUAAACACUGUAUAAGGAAAAGCACAUUGUUUUUGGUACUGUGUACAGUUGAUGAUUCAAACUAUUUUUUUAUUUCAUAAAACUGUAUUGUCAACCUACGGAGCUAUUUCUAAAAGGGAGAAUGGGAAUGUGAUGUCGUUGUGUGAAGCAUGCAGAAACGGAGCUGCAGCUCAAGAGAGGAGUUUGUGAAAAUUCAGGUGCCAAGCGACAGGUAUGGAAAUCCAUGUUCUCGCAACGGUAGACGAGUAAGCUACGCUCCACAGAUGGUAAAAAAAAAAUGGCAGUUGUGUUUACACGGACAAAGGGAAAUGUACAUGUAUGAUGUUGGGAGGUUACACUACCUACAUAUGAAUGACACAUAUUUAACGUUGACCAAUUAUGCUGCCCCGUGUCUGAGUGUUUGCUUUACUGAUCCAUCAGACGAGAAGUUUGUCACGUGUUUUAUUUUUAAAAACCUUCACCACAUCCACAGUCACAUCAGAAAUGACUGAGAUUGUAUUUUAUAAAGCUUUACAUUAAGUAUGACUCAGCACUUGAGUACUUGUGCAAUGAAUCAAAAUUAAAUGUAAUGAAUUCAACUUG